UUAACUUCUUUAGACUGUCAGGGAACAUUACCUUAGAGAUGAUAUUCAUUGUGGCUCUAAAUCCUGUGACAAAUGUCCUUAUAAAACACGAAAUGUAAUUUUGGAUAGUAAUGAAUCGAGUGUAAAGAGCUCUAAAAUAAUGGGACAUUAUUAUUUGUUAUUGGAUACGAAUAUCAUCUUAGACCAAAUUGAUAUUCUGGAAGAAAGUAUUAUUUGCAAUGUAAUAAUUUUGCAAACAGUGCUUGAAGAAGUGAAGCAUAAGAGUUCUACGGUGUACAAAAAAUUGAAGGAUAUUAUCAGUAAUACGCAAAGAAAGUUUUAUGUGUUUGUUAAUGAGCAUCACAAAGACACUUAUAUUGAAAGAAAUCCUGGUGAAAGCACAAACGAUAGAAACGAUAGAGCAAUUAGAGUUGCAACGAAGUGGUAUAAUCAGCAUCUGAAUGCAAGUGAUUGUAGUAUCAAGACAGUGCUAUUAACAGACGAUGCCAAGAACAGAGAAUUAGCAGGAGCUGAAGGCAUUCUAGCUGUUUCAAUGGAAGAUUAUAUUUUGUCGUUAGACAACGCUGGUUUCUUGACCGAUAAACUGUGCAAAAAAAGUUACACCGCUGAGACUGGUGGUCAAGAAUUUUUCCCGUGUCAUCUCAC